AGGUGCAGGCGGCAGUUGGAAAAGCAGGCUGCCUGGGACAUGAGGUUGGCAGCGGGUGUGCAGGCUGGCAGUCUGAGGGACUCAUCCUGAGUAGCUGCUCCGAGGCCCUCCCACAUCUGGGAAGCUUGCCAUGCUGCUCUGUAUCCCGCAGGUGCUGUUGGCCUUGCUCCUUUCCAUGCUGACAGCACAGGGAGAAGGCAGCCGGAGGAGGGCCACCCAGGCCCGCGGCACCACCCAGCCUGCUCUGCUAAGGCUGUCGGAUCACCUCCUGGCUAACUACAGGAAGGGGGUGCGGCCUGUGCGGGACUGGAGGAAGCCUACUACUGUCUCCAUCGAUGUCAUCAUGUAUGCCAUCCUCAACGUGGAUGAGAAGAACCAGGUCCUGACCACCUACAUAUGGUACCGGCAGUUCUGGACUGAUGAGUUUCUGCAGUGGACUCCUGAGGACUUUGACAAUGUCACCAAAUUGUCCAUCCCCACAGACAGCAUCUGGGUCCCUGACAUCCUCAUCAAUGAGUUUGUGGACGUGGGGAAGUCUCCGAGCAUUCCUUACGUGUACGUGCACCAUCGAGGUAAAGUCCAGAACUACAAGCCCCUACAGGUGGUGAGCGCCUGUAGCCUUGACAUCUAUAACUUCCCCUUUGAUGUGCAGAACUGCUCUCUGACUUUCACCAGCUGGCUGCAUACCAUCCAGGACAUCAACAUUUCCCUGUGGCGAACACCAGAAGAAGUGAGGUCGGACAAAAGCGUCUUCAUAAAUCAGGGCGAAUGGGAGCUGCUGGGGGUGUUCACCCAGUUCCAGGAGUUCAGUAUAGAAACCAGUAGCAGCUAUGCAGAAAUGAAGUUCUAUGUGGUCAUUCGCCGGCGGCCUUUAUUCUACGCAGUCAGCCUCUUGCUGCCCAGUAUCUUCCUCAUGGUCGUGGAUAUUGUGGGCUUUUGUCUGCCCCCGGACAGUGGUGAGAGAGUCUCUUUCAAGAUCACGCUCCUUCUGGGAUACUCAGUCUUUCUCAUCAUCGUGUCAGACACCCUGCCAGCAACGGCCAUUGGUACUCCUCUCAUUGGUGUCUACUUUGUAGUGUGCAUGGCUCUGCUGGUAAUAAGCCUCGCUGAGACCAUCUUCAUUGUGCGGCUGGUGCAUAAGCAGGACCUACAGCGGCCAGUACCUGACUGGCUGAGGCACCUGGUCCUAGACAGAAUAGCCCGGCUGCUCUGCCUCGGGGAGCAGCCCAUGGCCCAUAGGCCCCCAGCCACCUUCCAAGCCAACAAGACUGAUGACUGCUCAGGUUCUGUUCUUCCAGCCAUGGGAAACCACUGCAGCCAUGUUGGAGGACCUCAGGACUUGGAGAAGACCCCAAGGGGCAGAGGUAGCCCUCUUCCACCACCAAGGGAGGCCUCACUGGCUGUGCGUGGUCUCUUGCAAGAGCUGUCCUCCAUCCGCCACUUCCUGGAGAAGCGGGAUGAGAUGCGGGAGGUGGCAAGGGAUUGGCUGCGAGUGGGAUACGUGCUGGACAGGCUGCUGUUCCGCAUCUACCUGCUGGCUGUGCUGGCCUACAGUGUCACCCUGGUCACGCUCUGGUCCAUUUGGCAUUAUUCUUGAGUGGGCACAGCCUGGCAGGGAGAGGCUAUGGGGUUGGUUAGGGUAGGGAUGGGGGAGUUUCCUCUUAGGUCCUGCAUCUUGUUUCCAACACCACUUCAUCUGAGCAACCCCAGUCCCCUUGUUCCCCAAACUUAGUCCUGAAGAUCCAGUGUGCCUCCCCGACUUCCUUAUCAUGCUUGAUAUCCUAGGUCAAGAGAAACCACGUAUCUUCUAACUUUACUUAUCAAGGCAUCAAGCCCUGGUUUCCUUUCCAGUACCUCUGUGAUUACGGCCCCUGGAACCGAUCAUUUCCUCAUUUUUUUUUUUGAUCAAAGAAAAGCAAAUCCCUUCACAUAGGUGCCUGAGAUUUCUGCAUUUAUUUUAUCUAGCUCCUAAUAGCUCCUUCUUCAGCUAACCUCUGGGUAUUUUCCUAGUACUCAGCUCCAUCUGCCAGUUGGGGCAGGGGAUAGUAAAAUGCUAUGCUGUCUUA